AUGUCACAACCCAGAAAUAAUCUCGCCGCAUUCGAUCGCCAGCUGUCUGGUGGUCGCGGUACUGGAGGCGCGAGUUCCGGCGCGUCGGUGGAUACGCGACCUGCGGCGGGGAAGAGCAAGUUUAAGCCCGCAAACACUGGGGGUCAUGAUGCAGGGACCAGUCAGGGUACGGGCGCCUUCAAGCCCGCACGUACUGCUGCAGCUGGCGUCCGUAAAGUCGGCAGCCUGCAGACGUUCUCCUCGCCAGGCUUCGGCAAGCCCAAGCCCGCGCCGCCUCCGACGUCACACUCGCAGCCAGCUUCUGCACUGGAGCCCCAACAAGCGCGCAUACCGGCUAUCAACACGCCCCGUGCGCCACCGUCGGCCUCGCGCUUCAAGCCCGCAUCCGCCGUCCGCUCUACUUCCUCCCCCGCCCCGCGUAUAUCAGCCGGCGGUACCAUCGACGUCUCACCUUCUGGCUCCGAAUCAGCUAUGCCCGUUCACGCAGCUUCUGCUACUUCUCGUAAACGGCCUUCUGGCGAAGUGCCACUUGUGCCACCAGCUGCUGGUAUCAAACGUCUGAAGACGAGUCCGACGCCAUCAGAACGUGGUUCACCAGUUGGAGAAUCGGAGAAGGAGAACCGUGCACUGUUCUACAGCGCUGGAGACAAAGGGAAGGGAAAGGAGAAAUUGCCGAGCUCCAGUCUGGGCAGCUCACAGACGCUGAUCGAGGUCGGUAAUGGGCUGGAAAACGAGGAUCUGCGGUCGAAAACGGUCCAGGAGCUGCAACAUCUCUCGAUGUACAACAUGGAGACGGUUGCCCAACUCAAGAAAGACCGGAAAGCAUUUGACUUCGAGAUCAAGACGGAGCAGGACGUCUAUCUCCUUGACGUAUUCAUACGACUAGCAGAAGCUCGCGGUCAAGCCAUCGAAGAAGCCCUAGCCCAACGCAAACGAGGUCCAUCGGUACCCGACAGCCAAGCUCAUACGGAAACGCAACUUCUGGACGAAGACUACGAUAUCCCGCCCUCGCCUCCGCCUCCUCCGCCUCCGUCACUGCAAGCCAACUUCUCACACAGCUCGGACGAUCACGGCAGCACCUUCAAUCCGGACGACGAAACCGACUUCGAGCCCCCGCCCCGCCAACAGAGCUACGAAGCUCCCCUACCUCGACAACAGAGCUACGAGUACCAGCCAUUGCGACAGCAGCUACCUCCCAUGCACGAGCUCUUUCCCGAGCCUGAGCCUGAGCCUGAACCGGCGCCGGGGGAUCCCACACCCGAGCCGGAGCCAGAGCCGGAACAACCGGAGGUUACGGAGAUCAUGAGCGACGACGAGGCCGAAUUCUGGAACUAUGGGCCUACGACGCAGGAUAUCGACGAUACGGACGACAUCGAGAUCUUGGAUGCUCCUCUGAUCAGCGCUGCAGGCUCAGUGGGCACUAUCGCUGCUGCCACCACCUCUCACAACAACACGACCGCCGUCCAGCACACCGGGGCGAACUUCGACCCGAGCGCUUUCAACGGGGACCCCACGAAGAGUCCAUACUACGACGAAGUGAUGCGCGUCCUCCGCUCGCGCUUCAAGCUGUCCGAAUUCAGACCCAAUCAACUCGAAACCAUCAUUGCGACGCUCGAAGGACGGGACGUGUUCACGCUCAUGCCCACAGGCGGUGGCAAAUCCCUCUGUUUCCAGCUCCCCGCCGUCGUCUCGCCAGGUGUAACAGUCGUCAUCAGCCCUCUCAUAGCUCUCAUGAUGGACCAGCUACGCGAGCUCGAACAGCGCAAGAUUAAGACGGUCUACUACAAUAGCUCUCGCUCUGCCGCCGAACGCUCGGAAGCGACGCAGGCGCUCCUACACCCUAUCCCCGAUAUGAAACCGAACAUGGUGUACAUGACGCCUGAGAAGCUCGUGGGGAACGACCAGAUGAGUACCGUGCUCACGACGCUGUACAACGCCGGUCUACUCGCGCGCUUCGUCAUCGACGAGGCGCAUCUGGUCCAUACGUGGGGCCGCAACUUCAGAGAGAGCUUCCUGAACCUGAAGGUCAUACGCAAACGCUGGCCGAACGUCCCCAUCGUCGCGCUCACAGCGACCGCCACCCCCACGGCCCAAGUCGAUAUCAUGGGUAUCCUAGGCAUGCGACCCGACACGCUCCGACUCUCCCAGUCUUUCAACCGUCCGAAUCUGCGGUACAAGGUCAUCCAGAAGCCGAGGAACCUUGUGAAGGAGAUCGCGACCUUCAUCAACAACAACCACAGAGACAAGACGGGGAUCAUAUAUUGCAUUGGGAAGCAGAAGUGUGAGAGGGUCGCGGAGCAGCUGCGUAAAGAGGGGAUCUCGGCGCAUUAUUUCCACGCGGAUCUGAUACAGAGCGAUAAGGACCAUGUGUUCAAUUCGUGGAUGGACGGGAGGACGAAGGUUGUGGUGUGUACCAUUGCGUUCGGCAUGGGGAUCAAUAAGCCGGACGUGCGCUUUGUAAUUCAUCACGACGUGGCGUAUUCUAUGGCCAACUACCUCCAAGAAACAGGUCGUGCAGGACGCGACGGGCUCGACUCGGACUGCGUUAUGUACUACUCGUACACCGACAGCCAAUUCCUUAUGAAACGCCACCGCGAAGACGAGAACCUCUCCGCCUCCGAGCGCGACCGCAUGAUCCAAGAAGUCCGCGACAUCGUCGAAUUCGCCCUCAACACCGUCGACUGUCGGCGCGCGCAGCUCCUCGCGCGUUUCGACGAGUCUUUCGAUCCGGAACAGUGUAACAAGACCUGUGACAACUGCCAGAACGACGUUGGCGGCGAGAUCGUGAUGGCCGAUUGCAGCGCCGCUGCGUCGGGCAUGGUUCGACUCGUACGCGAGGCCGUGGAACGGAAUAUUCAGAAGAUACCGCGCGGUUCGCUUAUUGCUGCCUUCCGCGGUAAGACGCCGAAAGAGGUCAUCGAGCGUGGUAUGAACUACUUGGCGAGCUUCGGGUGCGGGAAGGACGUCGACAUGGGACUGGCAGAGCGAAUCUUCGACCGCCUCAUGACGAUCUGCGUCUUUCUCAACCGCGUCGAGAUACUCAAGUACCCGGCGAACUACGUCGAGCUGUCGGAGCCCCGGGUGUACGAGCCGUGGAUAGCCGGACGACAGACGCUCGAAAUCAAGGUUCGAAUGUCCGCGGGCAAGAAGAAGGCGGGCGGAAGGACGAACAGCAAGAAGAAGGCGCCUGCGGCUAGUUCGAGGGCGGAGUUGGCUAGCGAUCCGAUUGAGGAUGAUGAUGAAGCGCCUUCGAGGGCGCUGUGGCAGGACGACGAAGAGGCGGACGCGAGCUAUGCGCCGGAACCCGAUACACCCGUUGCGGGGCCUUCACGUCCUCGGCGAGCGAAGCCAGCUUCAAGACGCGCACCUCCAGAACCGGAAUCUGACGAGGUGAUCGAGAUCCCGACGACUCCGGGCGCUGGCGAGGACUGGCACUCGUUGUGCUAUAAGAAGUUGCAGGAAGUCAGGCAGCAGGUGUGUCUUACAGAAGACUUGGUGGUGCCCGAUGAUGUACUUCCAGACCAAUGCCUGGAGAUGCUCAGCUUGGUCCUUCCUGCCGAUGGCGCGCAGUUCACUCGGAUUCUCGCGGAUGAGCUCGGAGACGAGAACGAGGCGAAUGUGAGGUUCAGGAAGUACGGACGGCGGUUAUUGGACGUCUGCGUCAAGUUCAGCAUACGCUCUUCUGGACGGAGUGCUUCUUCCACGCCGGCCCCAGGCGCCAAUGCUUCUGCCUCAGGCUCGACCGAUGCCCCACCGCCGAAGAGGAAGUUCAAGCCGGCCAUGUCAGCAUCAUCGUUACCGAGUGCUUCGCAGCUGCAUCGCGCGUAUGACUACCAAGGGACGCCCAAGCCGGCGUCCAGUCGCGGGCGGUAG